UCUGCCAUUUGAAGUCGCUAUUGCUGUGCCACUCCCCCACCAGCCUCCACCAUGCAGAACGAGGUGGGUGACAUGGUGGACCUCUACGUCCCCAGGAAGUGCUCGGCCACCAACAGGAUCAUCACGGCCAAGGACCACGCCUCUGUCCAGAUCAUCAUUGGUCACGUUGAUGAGAAUGGCCUCUAUGAUGGCCGCUUCACCACCUUGGAUGGGACUCCAUCAAUUUAG